AUGAUCGGCCGCCCAUUUGAGAGCGUGCUGGCUGUUCUUAUCGCCGUCGAUCGCCACCACCACCAGCUGAGGUGCUGCGCCGGCUUCAUCCUGACCACCGGCUUGACGGAGCUGCGACAUUUUCCUCUGCAUAAUGGGGGAGAUUGCAGACUCAGAAACCUAAAUCUUUUGUGUGGGGCGCAGAUCCACCUCCUUUUCAUUCUCAACCUUAUCAGCUCUGCUCAUCCCGUUCUAUAUCCCCUCAGAUACAGAUAUAGACUGUGCGGGCUUCUCCACGCCGGAAGAGUGCAACUGUCGCCGUCCCGGUUCGACAGCUCCGUCGUUACGGCAUCUGCUGUAGUGGCGAAACUGGACAGGGAGGCCCGAUCGGAGUGGGAUCGGAGUGGGGAAAGGGUGUUCAAGAUUGGAGGCGGUUCAUUCGUUGGCAGGCUUCCGUUUCGUAAUUGUUACAACAUCGAGCCAUUAGGAGGCCGAGGAUUGAGAAGGUGGGACGGUUCUCUGUUAGGUUCCUCUCCAGAAAGAAUUAGGUCAUCAAGCGAACUGAGACAUUUGCAGAAAAGGUAUGCUUUGUUCUCAACUUCUGCUGGUGAGGUGGCUUCAAAAGUUCCAGCUAGUGGGACUAAGAAGGAAGUUCAAAUUGAUAAGACUCGGAAGGAGGCUAUUGAUGACCAAAUUGCUGAUACGCAAAUCCUUCGGACCCUUAUGAGGAAUCUGUGGCAAAAGGAUAACUUUGAGUUCCGCUUGAGAGUGAUGGUGGCAUUAAGUCUCCUCGUUGGGGCAAAGGUUUUAAAUGUUCAAGUGCCUUUCCUAUUCAAGAUUGCCGUGGAUUGGUUAACAGCUAUAACCGGUUCUGCUGGUUCUCUAUCAACAUUCAAUGAAAAUAAUUCAAUGGCACUGGCACUUUUUGUGAGUCCCGUGGCUGUCUUAAUUGGCUAUGGAAUAGCAAGAAUGGGUUCAUCAGCUUGUAAUGAACUGAGAAAUGCUGUAUUUUCAAAGGUAUCAUUGAGAGCGAUCCGCACUGUUUCUAGGAAGGUCUUUGCACACUUGCAUGAUCUUGAUCUUCGGUAUCAUUUAAGCCGUCAAACUGGCGCAUUGAAUCGCAUAAUUGACCGAGGAAGCCGGGCAAUUAACUUUAUUUUGUCAUCUAUGGUCUUCAAUGUUGUACCAACCAUUCUCGAGAUUGCUAUGGUAUCAGGUAUUCUCGCAUACAAAUUUGGAGCUACUUUUGCUUGGAUCACUUCACUCUCUGUUGCCGCGUAUGUUGCUUUUACUUUAGUCGUGACUCAGUGGCGAACUCGGUUUCGACAAGCGAUGAACAAAGCUGAUAAUGAUGCAAGUACAAGGUCAAUUGAUUCUCUGUUAAAUUAUGAGACUGUCAAGUAUUUCAACAAUGAGUCGUUUGAAGUUGCUAAAUAUGACUCAUAUUUAAAGAAGUAUGAAGAUGCUGCAUUGAAAACUCAAAGCAGCCUUGCGUUUCUGAACUUUGGCCAAAAUGUUAUAUUUAGCAUGGCGCUUUCUGCAGCAAUGGUUUUAUGUUCUUAUGGGAUUAUGAGCGGUGGCAUGACAGUUGGUGAUUUGGUUAUGGUGAACGGCCUCCUUUUCCAACUUUCAUUGCCUCUCAACUUUCUUGGAAGUAUUUAUCGAGAAACUCGGCAAAGCCUUAUUGAUAUGAAGUCUAUGUUUCAAUUGCUUGAGGAGAAAUCUGAAAUUAAAGAUGAAGACAACGCAAAGCUAUUAAACUUGACUGGAGGGUGCAUUGAAUUCAGGGAUGUGCAUUUCGGGUACAUUCAAGAACGUAAGAUUCUCGAUGGUCUUUCAUUUGUGGUGCCUGCGGGAAGAAGUGUGGCCAUUGUUGGGACAAGCGGCAGUGGCAAGUCAACCAUACUCAGACUUCUGUACAGAUUUUUCACCCCUGAUUCUGGAACCAUUCAAAUAGAUGGUCAAGAAAUAAGUGCGGUGACCUUGGAAAGUCUCCGUAAGUGCAUUGGUGUCGUGCCGCAGGAUACUGUACUCUUCAAUGACACUAUAUUCCACAAUAUUCAUUAUGGUCGAUUAUCUGCAACGGAAGAGGAGGUGUUUGAUGCUGCUCGGUGUGCAGCCAUUCAUGAUACAAUCAUGAAUUUCCCAGAAAUGUAUUCUACUAUUGUGGGAGAGAGAGGACUUAAGUUAAGUGGAGGAGAAAAGCAACGUGUAUCUCUUGCCCGCGCAUUUUUGAAGGCCCCUUCAAUUUUAUUGUGCGAUGAAGCUACGAGCGCACUGGAUAGCACAACCGAAGCUGAGAUUUUGAAUGCAUUGAGACCUUUGUCAGUGAAUCGAACUUCCAUCUUCAUUGCUCAUAGGCUUACGACGGCUAUGCAGUGUGAUGAGAUUAUUGUUCUAGAAAAUGGGAAGGUGGUAGAACAAGGACCCCAUGAAGUUCUUCUAUCAAGAGCUGGAAGAUACGCCCAGUUAUGGUCGCAGCAGAACAGCACUGAUGCUAUUGAUUCUGCUGUUAAAGUCGGAGCUUGAAUCUAUUUCUACUUAUAAUUUUUUAUGGCUUGCUCGGAGAAUUGGGGAAGCUCUCUUAUUAUAGUGAAGUUUUUGUAUUAUGUAAAAUAUUUUUGCAGUUAACACCAUUUAUUCGCUUGUUAUAUUAAUUGAUAAAUUUGAUUUUUGCAGUUAACACCAUGAAUGUGUAGGCAUUAUUUUGAAUAUGAUUAAAUUUUGAUUUUCUUACUUGGUCCUCUUUGUGGGCAAGUGUAU